AUGACUGAAGAGCGUUUUCCAAGGAAAGGCAACUCUGUGCUUCUGGUUAUUCUAAAUAUAUUUUUUCCAAAGUCAUCGUCGAACCAUCACUGUCGGAGUUUGAGGGAGAAAAGGUCUGUUUUGGCAUCAAGGUGUUCAUCGCUGUCAUCUUUAUUCAUAUGCGCGCGCUGCGCGACGGAAAUUGUGGACCCACAAGUGCUAAAGGUGAAUGGAUUAAUGUGGCAUCUGAAAUGUUUGCAGUGCUCUGUGUGCGGAGAGUCCUUGAGUCAACAUUACAGCUGCUUCAUCAGGAAUAAAGAGAUUUUCUGUAGAACGGAUUAUAACAGUACUUUUGGCAUAAAAUGUGCUCGAUGUGGCCUUCAAGUCAGUGCAAAUGACUGGGUUCGGAAGGCAAGAAAAGAUAUAUAUCAUCUCGCCUGCUUCGCUUGCUUCAUCUGCAAAAGGCAGCUUUCUACAGGAGAAGAGUUUGGCUUGAUGGAGAAUCAAGUUCUCUGUCGCCUUCACUACGACAUAAUGCUGCCAAACCUACAGCACAUGUCAGACAAUGGAAAUAUAAUGCAUUUGGAUGGAGCUUUACCUAUUCAAUACCUCCCAAAGCCACCAAAAAGACCUCGUACAUCAUUCACCUCGGAGCAGCUACAGAUUAUGCAGACCCACUUUAUUCAAGACAAGAACCCUGAUGCACAGACACUGCAGAGGCUGGCAGACAUGACUGGACUAAGCAGAAGAGUCAUACAGGUUUGGUUCCAAAACUGUAGAGCCAGACAGAAGAGGAACCCACUUCAUGACAGCAUACCUCCACUGGACAGAUACCAGACCUCUGCAAUGCCCUUUCUGUCACAUAACCAGUACUUCUUGCCCACAGGUAGACCUGAGACUCACUGAGACAUAUAUAUAUACACACAGUGGAUAUAGAAAACUCCCUUUAAAACUCCCUUUAAAAUAAUGACAUUUUGUUGCUUUGUAGCUGGAAAUGAAGACAGACUGUUUUUGUUUUAUCCAGCUGUAUUUACUCAGUGCAACUUAUAACUGAUAUGAAAGAUAUAACACCAUCAUGCCAGAAAAAAAGAUCACCCCCUCAUAAAAAUG